UUGCGCUCCCCGCCACCAGCCCCACGGUCCCGGCAGCGCUCUCGGGAUGCUGCAGCCCCCGGUCCGGAGCCCUCAUUGCCCCUCCAGGCGGAGAGGCCGCUGCAAGCGCUGCCGCUCGCCCUCGGAAAGCACUAUGGAGAAAGGAGCCGAGCCUUCUACCAGCACCUCGGUGGCUUCUUCUUCUUCUUCCCCUUCAUCCUCCACCUUCAAGGAAGAACUGCUGUGUCCCAUCUGCUACGAACCUUUCCGGGAAGCUGUGACUCUUUGCUGCGGCCACAACUUCUGCAAGGUUUGCGUGAGCCGUUCCUGGGAACAUCGGCACCACCUCUGCCCUGUCUGCAAAGAACCUUCCUCCUUCGAGGACCUCCGGGUCAACCACACCCUCAACAACCUGGUGGAGAUGAUCCUCAAAGAAGAAAAGCAACGCCGGGGCCGGGCUGCUGCUCUCUGUCCUUUGCAUCACGAAGAAGCCAAGUUUUUCUGCUUGGAGGACAAGGAGCUGAUGUGCUUCGUCUGCCAGAGCUCCAAGAAACACGAAGGGCACAAGAUGAGACCCGUGCAGGAGGCAGCGGCGGAUUUCAGGGUUUCCCAGGGUGCUGAAGGAGUCUCCUCCCCGCAGGCCAAGCUGAAGAACAUGGACACCAACCUGCAGGAGAAGGCAAAGGAUUUCGGGGCCGUGAGGCGAUCCUACGAGGCCAUCUCCAAACACAACCAGGUGGAAGCAGCACGGCUGGAGGAGCAGAUUGGGAAGGAAUUUGAGAAGCUGCACGAGUUCCUGCGGGCUGAGGAGAAGGCUCUGCUGGCCCAGGUGCAGGAGGAGACACGGCACAAACGUGGGCUCCUGGAGGGCAAGAUGAAGCAGCUGGCAGAGGAGAGCCAGGCUCUGCUCCAGGAAGCCCACCACCUCCAGGAGGACCUCAAAGAAGAUGACUACACCUUCCUCAUGACCCACAAGAACCGCAAGAGGAGGAUUGCCUGCACAGCUGAGGAACCAGAGCCUGUGCCCUCAGGGAUGGUUCUUGACGUUGCCAAGUACCUGGGCUCGCUGCAGUACAACGUCUGGAAGAAGAUGUUGGACAUCAUCACCGUGGUCCCUUUCAGCUUCGACCCCAACUCAGCAGCUGGCUAUCUCUCGGUGUCUGAGGACCUCACCAGUGUCACCAACAGUGGCUACAAGCUCUUGGUGGACAACCCCGAGCGUUUCACCUCCGCCCCGUGCCUCCUUGGCUCCCGCGGCUUCUCCAGCGGUUUCCACAUCUGGGAGGUGGAGGUGGGUGACAGCAUGAACUGGCGGGUUGGGGUGGCCAGGCCCAGGAGUGACACCCCUUGGACUUUCCACCACGAUGCACGUUCUGGUUUUUGGUACAUUUACCGCUUGCCUGGGAAGGAUGGGGAGCUCUGCAGGGCUUCCAACGCCGCCCGCUCCCAGGCUGAGGCCGGGGACCUCAAAAGGAUCCGGGUGGAGUUGGACUGUGACGAAGGGGAACUCUCCUUCUACAACCCCGACCUCAAGACCCACAUCUACACCUUCCACGAGAAGUUUGGGGGCACCGUCUUCCCCUAUUUCUACGUGGGGGGGACACCCCUGGGCUCCCCACCCGAGUUCCUCCGCAUCCGUCCCCUCCAUGUCCGUGUCCACGAGGAUGUCCCCGUCUAGAGGCUGCCAUCUCCUGGAGGUGGCCACUUCUCAGGGGCUUUGAGGUUCUUCAGAUGGUUUGGGUUGGGUUGAUUUUGGUUUUUUUUUUCAGCUUUCCACAGAGGAAUUAUUAGAAAAAAAAUAAGG